AUGGACGCCCGGGCGAUGGUCGCCCGCGCGCGCACCGUGGCGCCGCGCGCGCGACGCGUGGGCGUGGACGCGCGCGCCGCCGAGGGUGUGAACAUGCGACGAUGCGGUGCGACGCGCGCGCGGGCGUCGAGGGCGGACGCCGACGCGGCGGUGGAGGCGUUUUUGAACACCCUAAAGUACGACGACGGUGGAUUGGUGGCGGCGAUCGCGCAGGACGUGGACACGGGGGCGAUCUUGAUGCAGGGGUACGCGAAUCGGGACGCCGUGGCGUACACGCUGAAACAUCGAAAGGCGACGUUUUGGUCUCGCUCGCGAUCGCAGCUGUGGUGCAAGGGAGAGACGAGUGGAAAUUAUAUCGCGAUCGAUAGCGUGCACGUGGACUGCGAUAAGGAUAGUUUGAUUUAUCUCGGCGUCCCGACGGGACCGACGUGUCACACCGGAGCGCACACGUGUUAUUAUAAGCGCGUGGACGGGCCGGAUGGGGCGGCGACGAAGGCGUCGGGUGGGAGACACGCCGCGGAGGAAGCGUUGACGACGCUGUACGAGCUCGAGGCGACGAUCGAGGCGAGACGGGUGGAGGCGAAGAAGGAAGGGGUCAAGCCCUCGUGGACGCGCAGGCUCUUGGACGACCCCGAACUCCUGUGCAAGAAGAUUCGCGAGGAGGCCGGGGAGCUGUGCCAAACGUGGGAAGAGAACGAGGGUAAGGAAGCGGCCGCGAAUGAGAUGGCGGACGUCCUGUACCACUCCAUGGUGAUGCUCAACAAACAAGGCGUGUCCAUGACGGACGUCCUGGGCGUCCUCCGUAAGCGCUUUGGCACGAGCGGGGUGGAUGAAAAGGCGAGCCGACCGCCCAAAAAGCUCAUCAACGUGUCCAAGUGA